AUGUCUUGUAAGCAUAUUGACGCAGCUGAGCUGCGUCCCCCAGGACCAAGCCAAGCUGUCUAUCGCGAAGAUUGUACUCAAUGUUUUGAUUCCAUAGAUGAUUCCACUGGUUUGGAUGUUUGUCUGCUUUGCUUCAAUGGCGGCUGUACUGGCGAUAGGAACCAUUCCAAGCUCCAUCAUAGCAUCAAAAACCAUCCUUUGGUCCUCAAUAUUCGAAGAACAAAACGCCAUAUUGUUCGAGAUGAGCCCCCUCCAAAGAUGUCCAGAUUAGCCAUCGCCGCAGAAACCGAAGCCGAUCGAUUCGAGUACCAUACAAAAGUUCGUUGUCAUGAAUGUGCAGUUGACGAUAUUGAUAAAUCUUCCGGUAAAUUAUCUGCAGUUGUAGAUGGUGUAAUGAAAGCAAAUACAUUCUCAAGAAAGGAAGAAGUGAAGGCUUGGGAGCAAGAGUUUACGUCGUGUGAACACAUUCUCACCUUACAACAAGAAAGCGCACGCCAAAUACAGUCUCAAGAUCUAGGCCACUGCUCUCUUUGCGAUCUCAAAGAGAACUUGUGGCUCUGCUUACAUUGCGGUAAUCUGGGAUGCGGGCGAGCGCAAUUUGGUGGACUCAAGGGACAUUCCCAUGGACUGGAACACAAACAGCAAACUGGACACGCAGUUGCGGUCAAAUUAGGAUCAAUCACUUCAGAUGGCACGGCUGAUGUGUACUGUUAUGCAUGCGACGAGGAACGGAUUGAUGAAAAUCUUGGGAAGCACCUCGCCCACUGGGGAAUUAUGCUCGCCGAGCGAGAGAAGACCGAAAAGAGUUUGAUGGAGAUGCAAGUCGACGAAAAUAUGCGUUGGGAGUUCUCCAUGACUGACGAACAAGGCCACGAGCUGACGAAACUGUUCGGCAAAGGAUUUACUGGUUUGAAGAAUUUAGGCAAUAGCUGCUACCUGGCAAGCGCGCUCCAGUGUCUAUUUGACCUGCCCCAAUUUCAAAAGCGCUAUUUGUUACCAGAUACAGAUCUACCUAUUGUCGAAGACCCUGCUCAGGACCUGGAGACGCAGUUGCGCAAGUUGGCAGAUGGUCUGCUUUCGGGCAGAUACUCGUUCCCAGACCCUGCUACCAAUCAAUCAGAAUCGAGCGGCGUUGCAGAUCAGAAAGGAUUGCCACCUUCAAUGCUGAAAUAUUUGGUGGGAAGAGGCCAUGCCGAAUUUUCAACCAUGCGUCAACAGGAUUCUUUCGAGUUUCUCCUCCACGUCUUCAAAUUAAUUACACGUUCUCAGCACGUAGCUCCAUCCGAGGAUCCCAUACGAGCUUUUCGCUUCGUCAUGGAGCAGCGCCUGCAAUGUCUAGGCUGCAAAAAGGUGCGAUAUCGUACAGACGAGCAAGAUAAUAUAUCUAUUCCUGUGCCAGUAAGAAAAGUACAGGCAACGGCUACUACAGACGGCGAAAGGAAGGAUGAAUACGAAGCUGUAACGUUGAAGGAGUGUUUAGAUAGUUUCACGUCUGAAGAGAUCGUAGAACUCACUUGCUCGGCAUGUGGCAGUAAAGAUGGGUUUUCCAAAAGAUCGCUCUUUAAAACAUUCCCAGAGGUUCUCGCCGUGAAUGCUAGAAGAUUUGUUCUCAUCAAUUGGGUGCCUACCAAGGUCGACGUUCCUGUCGUUAUUGGAGACGAGAAGUUCCUUCUAGAUGAUUAUCAAUCACCUGGUUUGCAACCUUCAGAAACACUUCUCCCCGAUGACGAUGAGUCAGAUCAACCUUCGUUCACUGCAGAUGCAGCAGCUUUACAACAGCUCGAGGCCAUGGGAUUUCCAGUGGUCCGUUGUGAGAAAGCCUUACACGCUACUGGAAACAGUGACGCCAACGCCGCAAUGGAAUGGCUCUUCGCACACAUGGAAGAUGCAGACAUCGACGUUCCACUAGAUUUGAGCUCUGGCAAAGCUACAUCUGCUACAGCCGACCCUGAGAAAAUAGAAAUGUUAGGCGCUAUGGGUUUUGGACCUCCGCAAGCGCGAAAGGCAUUAAAAGAAACUAAUGGCGACAUGGAACGAGCUGUAGAGUGGCUUUUUAGUCACCCAGAUGACCAGGGCGAGUUUGAAGAUGAGGUAGCCGCUGUCAACAGCGAUGUCACUAAAGAGGAUCCUCCGGGAAGCACCGAAUUGCCCGCCACAUUCCAGCUACAAUCUAUCAUAUGCCACAAAGGAUCUAGCAUACAUGCAGGUCACUACGUCGCAUUUAUCCGUAAAGAGAUUCCUGAAGAUAAAACGGCAUCGUGGGUGCUCUACAAUGAUGAGAAGGUGGUCAAGGCCAAUGACGCCGAAGAGAUGAAAAAGUUUGCAUAUGUUUAUUUCUUCAAACGAAUUGAUUAA